CUCUCUCUCUCUCGGGAAGAGCUUGACAAGGAAUGCUUGCAAGUAGAGAAGGCAAAGACUUUUUAUGAUUUCCAGUUCAACACGAGGCUUGUCAAAUCUACAAUUGUGCAUUUUCAGAAUUUGUGUCCUGGUGUUAAAUAUAUCCUUCAUUUUCAGCUGCAUUGGAGUUCUCUUAUAUACACAUUAGUCUAGUAGUUCUGCAGGUUCGUGAAAAUUUAUGACCCUUCAUGUGUAUCAUUUACAUGUGAUUAUAGCUCCGUGACUCAACCAUGCAUUAGAAGGUAUGGAGUUUACAGUUUUUUUCUUAUGAUAGGGUUGAUGGUAUCGGUUGAGAUAUGCUUAAAGUUAGCUUACUGACAAUUAUAUAAAAGUCUGAGCAGUUCUCCAAAUUAGUAUAUGGUCAAGUGAUGACAUUGUAACGGUCUCUCUUCAGGCCUAUAGUAAUAAUAUUUAUACUUGAAGGAAAAAUAGAGCUUUUAAUUGAUCUUAAAAAGGGAUUUUGUUGAAAUUUAAUUUAAUACUCUCUGAGAAUGUGUUCACGACUGCCAUAACAUACAGUAUUUAGAAGAGGUCAGUUUACACUAUCUCUAACUAGUUUUUUUCUUUUUUCUUUUUUUAAAGUAAGAGAUAAAUAUUAUUGAUUUGACUGAAAUAGGCAUAGCCCAUGUACAUAGGAAGUAUACAUAAGAACACCUAAAUACAUUCCAAGAGUGAUGAAUCAAAGAACACCUAUCUCUAACUAGUUUCAAGAUAUAAAUGAGCAAUGCAUACUCUAUCCAUAUUUGAACUCUUAACCAUAUUAAUCAAAUUAAACGACACUAUUUUUUAAGGUACAAUCUUGAAUGUCUGCUGGAUAUGACUACAUACAGGUGAUUUGAUGCCAAGUAAUGGAUAUUGAUUCAUAGUCACUACGGUAUGACUUGGCAUUCCAAGAAUGGCAAUGAAUACCUUUGAACUUUUUGAAACGCUAGUUUCACAAAGAUCUCUCACAAAAGUGAAACUCAUAAAUUGAUGUGACUAAAUCCGAUACAUUAAAUUUACUUUAUAGUAAAAAAGGCUUCUACAAUUUGAAAUACUAGAAUAAGCUAUAUCAAUUUGUGAACUUUAUGUUUGUGAGAUCUAUUUUUGAACCAAGCAUUUAUCUAAUUUUUUUUAUCCAACUAACCCUUGUUGCAUAACACAGACAACAUUCAAUGAUUGAAGCCUUAAACAUCAUUUGUGACUGCUCUUCAAUGCUCAACACUGUUUUAUUUUGGUAUUUUUUAGUUUUGUCCUCUUUAAGUAGGUGUAUGGGGCUUAUAUUUCCAACACUUUUUAGUUGCACUAAUUUUGAAUCCGUAACACUGCAUUGGAAAGUGAUAAUUAUUACUGAUUCUCAUUCUCAUGUAGAACUUAGUCACUGUUGCAUAUGGUUCGGGUCAUUAAUCUUUGCAUGUGAUAUCCGUUUGUAAAUAUAUUGUUUCUGUUGACUAUCAAAUAUAACUAUGUUGCUUUAACCCCCUCUGUGCAUUUAGGACAAUCUAUUUCUCUCUUUAUUUCAGCCUUUAAAGCAGGGUGGAAGUUUUAUCUGAGCAGCUGGCGCGGCAUUAUUUAUAUGUUGAGAAAUUUGUUAGGGGCGACAUCAAAGCAUGAUGUAUACCUGAUGCAGAACUAUUCAGUUAUGCAUUGGUCCUCAUUGCUGAGGAGGGGCAAAGAAGUGCUCAAUGUUGCUAAACCGAUUGUUCCCACCCUGAAACACCCCGGAUUGUUGUCUCAGUCACUCUCAAGAGUUCAGAUAAGCACAAUGGCUGUUAAAGAGAAUUUACUGGUAGCUGGCGGGUUUCAGGGGGAGCUAGUUUGCAAGUACUUGAAUCAACCCGGAGUUGCAUUCUGCACAAAAGUGACAACAGAUGAGAAUGCUAUAACCAAUGCAGUGGAUGUUUUCCGAAACCCCAAUGGCUCGAUGAGGGUUAUGACUGCAAAUAAUGAUGCUCGAGUGAGGGUCUACGAUGCAGAGAAUUUUGCUUUACUAAAUCUCUUCUCCUACGAUUGGUCUGUAAAUAACACCUCUGUUAGUCCGGAUGGAAAGUUGCUUGCAGUUCUUGGUGACAGUGCCGAAUGUUUAAUAGCCGAUGCCCAGUCUGGAAAAGUCAUUGGGAGCCUCAAAGGGCACCUGGACUAUUCUUUUACAUCUGCUUGGCACCCGGAUGGACGGAUUUUGGCUACUGGGAACCAAGACACUACCUGCAGGCUGUGGGACAUAAGGAAUCUGUCCAAAUCCCUGGCUGUAAUAAAGGGAAGGAUGGGGGCAAUAAGAGCCGUAAAGUUCAGCUCAGAUGGGCGGUUUAUGGCUAUGGCUGAGCCAGCAGACUUCGUGCAUAUCUUAGACACGGAGUCUGGAUAUGUUCAGGGUCAAGAGAUUGAUCUAUUUGGGGAGAUUGCAGGAAUAUCAUUUAGCCCAGACAGUGAAGCACUUUUUGUCGGGGUUUCGGAUCGCACCUAUGGCAGCUUGUUAGAGUUCAACAUGAGGCAUAAUAACCAAUAUCUAGAUUCCAUCUUCUAAGUGCUUUGGGGAUUUCCCCUUGGCAUAUUGGGAUUUCUAAUGUUAUAGAUCUCUAUUUGGGUAGAAAUGUUGCUUUGCGGAUGUUUUUAUUUUUGGGAGUGUGUGAAUGCGGUGGUGGUCUUUUUGGCUGGCUCGUAGAAAAUGGAAGGUAAAUUUUGUCAAUGUAAAGCGUUUUUUUUUUUUUUUUUUGGAGUUUGUUGUAUAUAGUGAAAAUUGUAAUUGCGUUAUUCACUAUCAAGUUAUCUUUUCAUUUCAUUACCGAGCAUCAAAUAAGUAAACGGGAAUUAGU